AUGUAUGCUGAAGCUGUUUCUUGCCUAUUCCUGACACUAACAGUGGCAACAUCUCUCGUGGAUGAUCAGCCGUAUUGCUCGUUACGGUAUAGGCGACUGUGUCAGGGUAAAGGUCGUCAUGUAGCUUGUCAGUUUCCUGUUCCGGGCCCUAAUCCAUACUGUGUGAAUUAUACCAAAAUUAAAUUCACCGGGGAUUUAAGAAAUUUCAUAACCCACUACAUCAACAGGCGUAGACAGCGGAUAGCAACGGGCAACGAACGCGUGCGUGGCGGCGCACAUAUACCCAAACCAGAGAUUAUGAUGUGGGUUAGCUGGGACCGUGAGUUGGCUCAUUUAGCUCAACGCCUUGCAGACCAAUGUCGCUUUGUGCACGAUGACUGUAGAGCUACUGUUCGCUAUCCGUACGCGGGUCAAACAGUGGGUGAGGUGCGUUGGCGACGUUCCAGUGAUUCGGAAGAGCUAAGCGCUCAGCGAGCCAUACGCAGAGUAUUCGAUGCCUGGUGGGGAGAAAGACGGCGGGUGCAGCCCAAACAGCUUAUUGCGCCGUUUAGAUUAACUCCUAAAGGCAGCGUUUGGGGCCACUUCAGUCAAUUAGCAGUGUGGACCCUAAGAGCUGUUGGUUGUGGGGCGGUGACCCACGGCGACGCGCAGACGCGUAUGUUGCUCGUAUGUGACUUCUCACACACAAACAUGCUUGGAGAGAGAACCAUCAAUCCCGGUCCAUUAGCUGCGUGUCCUGCUCAUACGGCGAGGAAGAUACGCACUUCGUAUCCUUUGCUGUGUGCUCCGAUGAGACAAACCACCGAGUCGAGACAUGAAGAGUACGACGGCUAUGCAAGUGAUGAAGACGAUGAGGCAGAGUUGGAGGAAGUCGAUAAAAAAAAGCUGCCACGCAAGCACCUGGAUAUUGGGUAUCUCACAACGCGAAAGACGACUAGGGCAUUAGAUAUUUUAGAUCAGGAAUUAGAAAAACCGCGGAGUAUGACCCAACUUAAGGCAUGGCCAACCAGACCACGAUUAGAAGUUCAUGGACUGGAUAAUGGAGAAUCCGAUGAAAAAAAAUUUGCUGAUAAGUUACAACAUUUGUACAGAAGUCAGACGAAAGAAGAUGUGUUUGUUGAUAAAGGUUUUAUGGAACCACCGCAAAUACGUCAAGAUCCAGUUCAUAAGGAGCAAGUGAUCAGGCAAAGAUGGAAACAGACAAGAUUUAGACCACGAAGGCCGGGUGCAAAAGCUUUAUUCAAUAAACCGGAGAACCAAUAUGAGAGAUCCUCAUUGCCAUCUCUGAUGAUCGAUAAAGAUGAUAUGGACCAAUUGUUUCGUGACACAGGCUUCAAGAUUUCCGGACGAAAAAGAUAA